AUGUACAUACUUGCACAAAAACUUCAAUCUCUUCCGAUAAACAAUCAAAAUUUAACGAAAAAGUCUCUAUCCUUAAUUCGUAAAAGCAUUUUACUUUUCUUGUUUAUUUAUUUCGCAUCAGUUCUCGCUUUAUUGUAUUAUAUUCCUUCAGAAGACCUUAACAAUGAAAUAAAUUAUAAGGACGGACCAAUAGUUUCAAAUCAAAAAUCACAAAGAAUUUUUAGACAAAUUCCUUUAUACACCAUUAAUAUAUCGAAUGACAUAAUUGUAGGGUCAAUAAGGAUCUCUUCCUCCGAACCAAACGAGAAAAUGAAUCAAUUUGAAAUAUCGGGUUAUUUAUAUUUCGCAUCCGACAAGCUUAACAUCAAGAAUACAAAAUACCUGUUGGUCUCAAGUGAAUCAUGUGAUAAUUGGAAAGAUGUAGUACAAGAUGUUUCCGAUAUCAUCACUUUUAAAUCCGAACGAAAAUCUUCCCCAGGAAUAAAGGUUAUUAGAAAGAUUAAAGAAACAUCAUUCGAGUUAUCAAAUAAAAUUGAAUCUGUGAGCCAUUUCGUUGUUAUGCAGGAUUCUGGACGUACAUAUAGACAGAUAGCAUGUGUUCCAUUAAAUAACGCAUUAAAGACGAACACUUUUUAA